GAAAGCGGAACAGCUGAUUAUGACAGUUUGUUCCGCUGCCAAUUUGAAUUUUAUUUUUUGAGAAAUUCCCAUUUUUGAGGGUUUUUUGUGCAAACUUUGGUUUAUUUUAUUUUCUGAACUUUUUAUUAGCCAGUGGAAGCACUGAAUAGGAAAUACAAGCAAAGAAAAUCCAAUAAUUUGUGAAAAAUUUUCGUAAAAUCCAGUGACGUGCGAAGGUAACAGCGCCAUAAGUUGCAGCGGAUUUUUUUCGAAACUUCUCUGGUGGACUUCCUAGCGCACAGCAGGAAAAGAAUUAAUAUUUUUCGUGGAAUUUUGGAUUGUUUUGUUAUCUUUCGGACCACGCGGACGGCGAAAAUUCCUUCCGAAAUGUUUGCCGGGAAAUUAUGCUAAUUUAUAUCCUGCUAAUUGUUGUAGUUUGGUUUGGAAACGCAUUUCAAGUGAUUGACACACUCAGCAGGAUGAUGAGACGUAGGAGGAUGUACAGCUUCCGGCCAUACCAAAUUAACCGGAUUCAGUAUGCCUUUGGGGUUGCACCCAAACCACGCAGUGGGCACCGGAUUGUAUGCACGGAGCGCAGUAUUUACUGCUUUGGGGGCUUCAAUCCGAACAUCCCGUCGAAUACGGGUGUGAUCAGGGAUGUGUCACUGUUCCAAGAGCUCUGGCGCUAUGACACACUCUCCCGCGAGUGGGAGCUGAUCUUUGGGCCAGGAGAAGAAAUGCCCGAAGAACUUGCUUCGCAUGCAAUGCUUAUGCUUGGAAAUUCAAUCUUGAUUUUUGGUGGAACCUGUUAUCCCUUUGGCACACGUUGCUCCAAUAAACUCCACAUCUUCAAUACGAUCAGCAAGAAGUUGGCCACAGUGGAGACACGCGGUACACCCCCGCAGGAGAUGUACGGACAAGCUAUGGUGGUUCAUGAGGAGUAUCUGUACGUAAUAGGGGGUACAACAGGAUAUGACUACUCCUGUGAUGUUCACAGAUUAAACUUGAUGACGCACGAGUGGGAGCUCGUCUAUCACUGUGAUGAAAAUAAUGAGAGAGACCCCUCGGGGAGGUAUAGGCACGAAUUGGCGUAUGAUGGGGAGAAGAUUUAUAUUUUGGGUGGUGGAACAUCUUCAGUGGCCUUCACACUCUCCCAGAUACCUGCCUUUGAUCUCAAGAAGAAUGCGUGGAGUGUGGUGCAGACAAAGCCCGAUCCGACGUUUACGCUGCGUGACAACAAGCCGGCCUUUCCGGAGGCGCGCAAAUGCCAUUCGUGUGUGCAAAUUGAAUCAGCUGAGGGACCAUCUGUUGUCAUCAUUGGGGGCUACGAUACGUGCUAUCACAAUGAUAUUUGGAAGUUGAAUUUGCGCACCUUCGAGUGGCGAUGCUUCAGCAAGGUGUGCACGUUCCGGCCACUCUUCUUUCACGACGCCACCGUGACACGCGGGGGCUGCGUGUACAUCUACGGGGGUAUCACGUGCAAUGCCAUCACGAAUUCCAUCAAGAGAAUUAGCAAUAUGUACAAGAUUUGGAUGACAAUACCCAAAUUAUCGGAGAUGUGCAUUGAGGCGCUCAAUUUCUAUGCACCGCAUCUCAAGGAAUCCUCCCCGAAGGAUCUCCUAAAGCUCGGUGUUCCUCCGCCAUUUGUCGAUAGACUCACGACAAAGAGCAUCAAUUGAUUCUCUUUUUGCAGUUUAUUCUUUUUUUUUCAAAGGGCUGUCCUUUUAGUUUCAUCAAUCUCUAACAAAAAUAUUAAGUAUGUAAAAAAAAAUCUUGAAUCAAUUUUAUCUCUCCCCGCUGAAUCAUUGUGAAUUUUGCUUAUAAAUUCAAUAUAGUUUUCUCAGGUCUUCUUGGACUUGUUAGCGAAGAAAAGUUAAUAAAAAAAUCGAUUAGAUUGUGAAAAAUAAAAAUAUAUUGAUUUGAAAA